AUGUACAAUUUCUCUCAUGGCGUCGCCGUCGCCGCUUCCAUGUUACUCCUUUCGUUAGUAUUUGCCUCUCCGCCUACGUCCCCUCAUCCAAAGGGUCUCUUUACCAAGCGUAGCUCGAUUACUGCCCCCCACCAGGGUAAGGGAACCAACUGGGGAGGAAACUGGAAAGGCGGGAACUGUGUAUUCGCCUAUUGGGAUCAACCUGCGCGCUAUCCGGAGAUCGCAAUGGGAGGUGACAACUGGGACGAUGGGUUAUAUUGUGGAGCCUGCAUCGAAGUCCAGUCGGGUCCCAAUCCGCCAGUCGUGGGAAUAGUGGGUGAUAAAUGUCCAAGUUGUGAGAGAGAAAGUCUUGAUCUCGACCCGGAGAUGUGGAGAAGAGUGAGCGGUGGCGCCAGUCCGUCAAUCAUCCCGAUCAAAUGGAAAGUUGUUCCAUGUCAAUUCAACAAGCUUCCGAUGCUACUCGUGAAGAAAGAAGGCAUGAGCCAAUGGUGGUUUGCUGUCCAAGUCGCCCAAAGUGGUCAGCCAGUAUUGAGUCUCAAAUACCGACCCGUGGGUACACAGGCCUGGCAAAACACCAAAAGAGACACCAAUUCCAACUACUUCAUGAGUGCAGGAGGGAUACCUGCCGGCAAAGCUGCUGAUAUCAAGGUAUGUUGCGCCGACGGAAAAACCGAAAUUAUCACCCCUAACGUCGACCUGAGCGGGCCUGGUGUCGUUCACGCUCAUGGGAAUUGCCCUCCAUCUCUCUGA